UCCCCACGAACCCCCACAACCCCGCGCGGCCAACGGUCAGAUUCCCCACGAAUCCAAAGCCAAGCAGCGACGCCAAAACAUCCCCCUCUUCAAAUCCCCCCGAAAUCAAAUCCUCCUCCUGCCCGCACCCCCAGACUCCGGAUCCAUGGGCUGCUUCCUCGCCUGCUUCGGCGGCGAUGGCGACCGGCGUCGCCGCCGCCGGAAGUCACGGAGGCAGUCGCCGGCGAGGUCCCCGCCGCGGUCGAUUCAUGUUGCUGUGGUCCGCGAGGCGUCGGCGGCGGUGGCGGCGGAUGUGGUGGUGAAGGAGGCGUCCCCGCCGUUGCGCGGGGCGAAGCCCUCGACACUUGCGGCGGCCGUGGGGGUCCCGGAUGAGGCGGCGGCGGUGGCGGCAGACGUGGUGGUGAAGGAGGUGUCGCCGCCGUUGCGUGGGGCGAAGCGCUCGACGCUGGCGGAGGUCGUGGAGGUGCCGGACGAGGUGGCGGAGGAGGCAUCGCUGCCGGCUUCCUCGCCGCUUUCGGCUGUGGCAGUCGCGGAUGAGACGGUCACCGACGCAAGCUCCGGCAAGGAGCUGAGGGAGUUGAUUGAGCAAAAGGCGUCACCUGUGCGCUCUUUGCUGAUGGAGAAGCAAGCGCUCUCCCCUGUGAAAUGUUCUCCUGUUGUGGCAGCAAUUGUUUCUCCACAGGAUUCAGUGGAGUGUUCACCUAUUGUGGCAGCAGUUGUUUCCACUUCUGAUUCAGAGCUUAGGGAGGUGAGUGAACAUGGAAGUCGGAGCAGUGGCAAGAAGAAAGUAACAUUUGACAUGAAUGUCACAACAUAUGAAAAUGCGGUACUGCCUCAUCAAGAGGAGGAACAACCAGAGGAAGAUGAAAAACACGUGCAGAAGACUGUUGUGCUCCCAGAGAAUCACCGUUAUCGAAAUUGCUCUGACAGCGAUGAUGACGUGGAAGAUGAGUAUGCUGAAGAUGAUGUAUACAGUGAUGAUGGUGAUGAAGAAGAGGAGGAUUUUAUGGACUGCAAGAUUGAUUUGGUUGAUGAGGAGGAACUGAUAACUGAAGAGAACAAGCAGGAGUCUCGUGAGUCUCUAUUCUCACUGUCAGUGUCUAAUGAUCAGCAGAAUGACCAAGAAGUUAGCAGUCCUGCACCCAAGAGCAAUGGUACCUCUGUAGAUGCAGAAAGCCCUCUAAUUAUGAGAAAUAAUCUCCAUGAUAGAAGCCAGUAUGUUCAUCCCGUGCUGAACCCAGUUCAGAAUCUGUCACAAUGGAAGGAAGUUAAGAGUCAGAAGACCCAAGCUGUACCAGGUAAAAAGUUGGACAAGGAGAAUGUAAACCUAGUGCCAAAUGUAGGUGUAAGCCAGACAAGGAUGAGCCCUAGCAUAUCUGGCAAAAAAGAAGUUUCUGUGGACGCAAGCCUCUCUACUUGGUUAAAUUCUUCUGAAAACUCAACAGCGGGCAAGGGGCAGAGCAGCAAAUCGCCUUGUUCCAUCUCCUCAGUAAGCCGAGCGGAAAGGCCUGUCCUGGGUGCUCUGACUGUUGAUGACCUCAAGCAACCAUCAUCUGCAUCAUCUCCACGAAGGUCUCCAAGAAAUGACUCUGAGGGGGCUCCUAUCUUGGGUACAAUUGGAAGUUACUGGCAAUGCACAGACCAGGACAAUGGGUAUUGCUCUUCUAGAUCUGACUCAGGAACUAAUGGAAUCCCCAAUACAACAAGCAAGUACAGAGAGGAUAAAAGGGUGAAGUGGCACUCGACUCCCUUCAAUGUGAGGCUGGAUAGAGCUCUGAAGAAAACUUCCGCAUGAGUUGUUUGUUCAAGUUUUGGAGAGAUUGAAUCUUCAUUCAAUGUGUGGUUGCAAGAAAUUCUCCGCAUAGCACAGACUUGCCAAUACACGACACUUCCUCUAUGUUUGAUCUAGUAUUUUUCAUAUGCGAACUUGAUUGCGUUGUACAUUGGAGUUGAGAGGUAUGUUUCCUGUCCAUGCCACUGGAUAUGUAAGUGCUGGAAACUCGGGUUUGUUUGCGUCUGUAUAUUGCAAAUGGUUGUAACGUUUGUGGUAAGAUAAUAUAAUAUUUUGGUCCUGGCAAUCCUUUCAUGUCUUA